AGAGAAACUGAAACUGUUUUUCCUUCUUGCUGGAAACUGAAAGUUAUUGUCAAUAUGGACGCCAAGCCUCAGAGCAAGAGAAUAGCUUUGGAUAUCAGGGAAUGGGAGCAGACAUUUCAAGAACUGAUCUGUCAGGAGAAGCCCCGGGCCAGAUGGACCCUGAAGAUGGAUGGAAACCUUCAGCCAGACUGUGUGGCCCAGGGGUGGAGGCAAUACCAGCAGAAAGGAUUUGGCAGGUUCCAAUGUUCCUCAUGCCGUCGAAUCUGGGCUUCCGCCCAAGUGCAGAUACUAUGUCACAUGUACCUGGAGAACCAGAAAUCCCCGGGCAAGGUGCUCAUGCGGAUCUUUGGACAGAGGUGCAAGAAGUGCUCCCGGUCUCAGUUUGAGAAGCCUGAUUUCUCCCCAGAAAGCAGCAAGAGGAUUCUGAAAAACCUGGUGCAGCGUAUUCUGGAGAAAUUCUACAGAAAUGGUAUCAGGAAGGUUUCAGAGCUACCCGUGAUCCCGGAAGUACAUUUGGAUGGGUCCCAUGACAAGGCCAAUUGUGAAGCAUGUGUUCUGGGCUAUUGUGGACCGAACUUAGAAAACGGUGUGACACGGCCAGAAAAAUCCUCUCUCUCCUACAUGAAGACUGGGAGUUCCUCUCCUCACAACGGUGACGAUGGUGGCCAAAACCGAUCUAGGAACCACUCAGCAGCCGGGAAUGGGUAUUCUGGUGCCCAUAUAGGCUCAGGGCCCAGCCAGGUCACUGCUGGGAUCCAAGUGCCUGGGACAGGCCCUCAGCCUAAACGGGAGAUGGCCCAGCUGUUCACAGCAGGAGCAGAUCGACAGGCUGCAUGGGCAACAGGCCCCCAGCCCAUCCAAGUAGCAAGAUCACUUCCCCCAGGGUGGACCGAUCCACGACCCAUUCACACAGUAGGCCCACUACCUGCAGGGUGUGCAUAUUCACAGUCUACACUGGGGAGAGGACCACAGGCCCCCCGGAUGACAUACUCUCAGGCUAUAAGGAUGUCAGGCCAGCAGUCCACACAGGAGGCACAAGCCACACAAGGGGCACAGCUUCAGGCCACAAAGAUGACAGAACCACAGCCCACUGGAGGGACAAUCCCAAGGGCCACAUCAAGGUCAGACAAUCAGGCUAAAGGGAGGGCAGGACCCCCAGCACAGGGGUCAAGCUCACAGGCUACACGGAAGGCAAUCGCAAAGGCCACAUCAGGGUCAGACACUGAGGCUACAGGGAAGGCAGGUCCCCCACCACAGGGGUCAAGCUCACAGCCUACACAGAAGGCAAUCGCAAAGGCCACAUCAGGGUCAGACACUGAGGCUACAGGGAAGGCAGGUCCCCCACCACAGGGUUCAAGCUCACAGCCUACAUGGAAGGCAAUCGCAAAGGCCACAUCAGGGUCAGACACUGAGGCUACAGGGAAGGCAGGUCCCCCACCACAGGGGUCAAGCUCACAGCCUACACGGAAGGCAAUCCCAAAGGCCACAUCAGGGUCAGACACUGAGGCUACAGGGAAGGCAGGUCCCCCACCACAGGGUUCAAGCUCACAGCCUACACGGCAGGCAAUCCCAAAGGCCACAUCAGGGUCAGACACCGAGGCUACAGGGAAGGCAGGCCCCCCACCACAGGGUUCAAGCUCACAGCCUACACGGCAGGCAAUCCCAAAGGCCACAUCAGGGUCAGACACUGAGGCUACAGGGAAGGCAGGUCCCCCACCCCAGGGUUCAAGCUCACAGCCUACAUGGAAGGCAAUCGCAAAGGCCACAUCAGGGUCAGACACUGAGGCUACAAGGAGGGCAGCUCCCCCAGUGGGGCCAAGCGCACAGCCCACACGGCCACAUGUAGGACCUUCGUGUGGAAGUCAAGCUGCCUGGGGCAGGGAGGAGAGGUGCUCACCUAGAGGGUCUGCUUCAGACAGCUUUUUCAGAUUACCUCCCUCAAAUGAUUUCCACAACCAGGAGCAGCUGUUCAGGUGGGGCUAUGUCUGUAUUUUUGCUCUGUUUACCUUUCUGGUGUCUAAAUACUUAUGAGUAGAAUGAUGGGGGGGAAAAAAAAGAGCUGUCUUCUCUUGUCUUAAUUCCAUGGUAGUCAAUGAACUGGCUGCCAUUUUAAUAUGACAAAAUUUGCUCUGGGACCAAUGCAGGGUCAAGUUUAGAGAAUAACCAAUGGUUCCUGGACCUCCUCUGCAGGUAGUUUAAAACAUGAUGCAGGGAAUGCAAAUUGAUUCAGCUACUAUAAAGAACACUAUGGAGAUUUCUUUUAGAAAACUAAGAAUAAAGCUAUCAUAUGACCCAGUAAUCCCACUACUGGGCAUAUACCCUUAGGAAACCA